CCAGCGGGCGCCGGGACCGGGCAGGCGCGGUGCCUCCUGGGUGUUGUAGUGCGCUUCCUGGCGGAGGACUGCCUACGGCCUCGGCUAUGGGUUUCCGUGGACUACCGCUCCCAGCGUGCUCCACGCUGGGGGCAUAGGGCGCCGGCCCUCGACGGCUCCGGCCUUCAGCGCCGAGCAGGGGACCCGGGAAGCCGGCUGCGGCGGGGAAGGAUUGCGCGUGCGCGCUGGCCCGGCUCGUCCGGUUCUGUCCCAAUCAUUGUAAACAGGCGGAGGCUGGGGCGGGGUGGGAAUGGGGUGCCAGAGGCCGGCCCAGGGCUUAGCGAAGGAGGUGGUUGCGGCGGCGGCGUGAGAGUCGGGAAGCGGCGGCUGCGGCAGGGCAGGCGCUCACCCGGCGCGGGCGCAGGUACCCUAGGAAACCCUGGUUCAAAAAGGUGUGAUGGACAGGUGACGGAGAAACCCUCUACACUGUCAUCAGGAAGGCAGCAUGACCGAGUGCUUCCUGCCCCCGCCCAGCAGCCCUGGUGAACACCGCCGGGUAGAGCAUGGCAGUGGUCUCACACGCACCCCUAGCUCUGAGGAGAUCAGCCCCACCAAGUUUCCUGGGUUGUACCGCACUGGCGAGCCCUCACCUCCCCAUGACAACCUCCAUGAGCCUCCUGAUAUAGUGUCUGAUGAUGAGAAAGACCAUGGGAAGAAAAAAGGAAAAUUUAAGAAAAAGGAAAAAAGGACUGAAGGCUAUGCUGCCUUUCAGGAAGAUAGCUCUGGAGAUGAAGCUGAAAGUCCUUCCAAAAUGAAGCGGUCUAAGGGGAUCCAUGUUUUCAAGAAGCCCAGCUUUUCUAAAAAGAAAGAGAAGGAUUUUAAAAUAAAAGAGAAACCCAAAGAGGAAAAACAUAAAGAAGAAAAGCACAAAGAGGAAAAACAUAAAGAGAAGAAGUCAAAAGACUUGACAGCAGCUGACGUCGUCAAACAGUGGAAGGAAAAGAAGAAAAAGAAGAAGCCGAUUCAGGAGCCAGAGGUGGCUCCUGUAGACGUUCCGAGUCUCAAGCCCAUUUUUGGAAUUCCUUUGGCCGAGGCAGCUGAGAGGACCAUGAUGUACGACGGCGUUCGGCUGCCAGCUGUCUUCCGGGAGUGUGUGGACUACGUGGAGAAGCACGGCAUGAGGUGCGAGGGCAUCUACCGCGUGUCAGGAAUUAAAUCCAAGGUGGAUGAGCUGAAAGCAGCCUAUGACAGAGAGGAGUCUCCCAACCUGGAGGAGUAUGAGCCCAACACUGUGGCCAGUUUGCUGAAGCAGUACCUUCGGGACCUGCCUGAAAACCUACUCACCAAGGAGCUCACGCCCCGCUUUGAGGAGGCCUGUGGGCGGAGCUCAGAGGGUGAGAAGGUACAGGAGCUCCAGCGUCUUUUGUGGGAGCUGCCCGAGUGUAACCAGCUCCUCAUCUCCUGGCUCAUCGUGCACAUGGACCAUGUGAUCUCCAAGGAGCUGGAAACAAAAAUGAACAUCCAGAACAUUUCUAUAGUGCUCAGCCCAACUGUCCAGAUUAGCAAUCGUGUCCUCUAUGUGUUUUUCACACAUGUGCAAGAGCUCUUUGGAAAUGUGACACUGAAGCCAGUGACAAAACCUCUUCGAUGGUCUAACAUGGCUACGAUGCCCACACUGCCCGAGACCCAGGAGAGCAUCAAGGAGGAGAUCAGAAGACAGGAGUUUCUUUUGAAUUGUUUACAUCGAGACCUGCAGGGGGGAAUAAAGGAUUUAUCUAAAGAGGAAAGAUUAUGGGAAGUACAAAGAAUUUUGACAGCCCUCAAAAGAAAACUGAGAGAAGCUAAAAGACAGGAGUGUGAAACCAAGAUUGCCCAAGAAAUAGCCAGUCUUUCAAAAGAGGAUGUUUCCAAAGAAGAAAUGAAUGAAAAUGAGGAAGUCAUAAAUAUUCUUCUUGCCCAGGAGAAUGAGAUCCUGACGGAACAGGAGGAGCUUCUAGCCAUGGAGCAGUUUCUGCGCCGACAGAUUGCCUCGGAGAAAGAAGAGAUUGAGCGCCUCAGAGCCGAGAUUGCCGAGAUUCAGAGCCGCCAGCAGCACGGCCGCAGCGAGACGGAGGAGUACUCCUCCGAGAGCGAGAGUGAGAGUGAGGACGAGGAGGAGCUGCAGCUCAUCCUGGAGGACCUGCAGCGGCAGAACGAGGAGCUGGAGAUCAAGAACAACCACCUGAACCAGGCCAUUCACGAGGAGCGCGAGGCCAUCAUCGAGCUGCGGGUGCAGCUUCGCCUCCUCCAGCUGCAGCGGGCCCGGCCGGAGCCCCUGCCCCCGGCCGGCGAGCCCGAGCCCAGCGCCGCCAAGGAGCAGCCUCUGGGAGGCAAGGAGCAGGCCUGGCCGUCACCCGGCAGGGACAGGAAGGAGACGCCCAUCUGAGGGGCCGCCGCCCGCCGUCGCCAGCUUUGCUGUACAUUCUGUAAAGAAGCCUCCUCCUCCCGGGCGCAGGUGACGCAGGGACGGGGCGCCUCUCCGGCCCGCGGGCACGGCUGAGUUCUCCAGAUAGUGUCAGCUUCUUUGAAGAUUCAUUUUCUCUGUUAACUUAAAAUAACUCUUUUAACCCUUGAGUGGCUUCUUUUUAAACCAAAAAUCGUCUUUCUUUGCUUUUUGAUCACGGCAGAAUCAGGAUUUUUCUCUCGUUCAAGGGGGAACUGAAGCCGGCAGCCCGCUCCUGCCCUUGUGCCACCCAGGCCUCCAGGGUCGCGGCUGCCCGUCACUCUUGCUUGUGCCUUCACACCUCUCGGUGCAGAUUCUGUCCUGGGGGCUGCCUCACGGUUCCUGACGGCCGGGGGGCUCUCUCCGGGGUCCCUUCCCCACCCCGUCACCCUCUCCUUUGACAGCCCCGCACCACAGCCCCCGAGUCACACGGCGGCCUGCUUGGUCGCACAGAGCUGCCCGUGGAGCCCGCCUGCCGCCCGGGGUCAACAGAGACUUUUUCUCUGGGCCUGAGGGGGCGGCCACCUGGAACCCGAGACGUCCACACAGAGGAUGUUUCUCCGACCUUCCAUGAGAACAGAACGUCGUAGGUUGCUUGCUUGGGCUAGAAUGUAAGUGUCUCUUUGCCUGAAUAAGCCAUAUCGAUAGGUAGCUGUGCUCUUACACAGAUUUCAGUUGUCCCUGUGGGCUCGGUGGAACUGCCGCUGGAUGCCCGGUUGACCAGGUUGAGCAAUAGAAACGGCUGGGCUUCAGAGUCAGCCGCCUUCCGGAGCCCCAGGGCGUCUGGGGGGCCGGCUCACAGGCACUCGGCUCAGUCCCCCUCAGCCCAGGCAGCGGCUCCGUGAGGCCAAACCCCACACACUCAAGGUGAUGGAACACCCCACAAGGGCUCUGUCCUCGCCUCCUGGUUAGUAUUUAUUUUCAGCACCUGUUCAAUGCGGUUUUUUAUCCUCUACCUAUUGCACUGUUGUGACUUGUUGGCCAUUAUUUGAUUUUUGUACGAAAAAAAGCUUUGUUAUAGAAAUCAGCAUACUAUUUUUUUAAAUCUGGAGAGAAGAUAUUAUGGUGACUGAAAAUAUGGUCAGGUGUCAAAUAUAAACAUAAAAGCCUUCACUGUCCUGUCGGUCAUGUUACAUUCAUUUUAUAUUUGCUGGCAAUAUUGAAGGUUUCUUUUUUGUUGUGUAAACUCUCAUUUCUAUCAAGGUGUUAUGAAUUUUUAAAAUUAGUAUUUCGUUACAAUUGUCUCAGCAUUGGUUAACUAAUUUUUGCCAGGACCAUGAUGGAUCAAGCAAAUAAAUUCAACAGCCAUUUGAGGAAAAA